GAUGGGAAGGAGGAUAGCUGAGGUCGGUACUGUGUCAGACAUCGGCGUGCAGCCUGAACAAUCUCUUUGUCACUCGCAGGGCGCACUGAUCACCCAGACCUGCUCACCCGUGGAGAACACAGAACCCUGGAAGAUGGAGCAGGAGGCGGCAGUGGUUAAGGAUCCAGGUCAGCAAGCCAUCUAUUCAUUGUACCUGAAAGAGAAACUCGCAGAAGAUAAACUGAAAGAAAUGGCUGAUUCUCCAGUUAAUCUGUUCCAGGGUCUGUUAACACUCUGGGAUGUAGCUCUGGACUUCUCCCAGGAGGAGUGGGAAUGCCUGGACUCUGCUCAGAGGACUUUGUACAUUGAUGUGAUGUUGGAGAAUUACAGGAAUCUGGUCUUUGUAGAGAACUAUUGCGUAUGUGAUCCUGGCCAUCACCAUGUGAAGAAUGAAAAGCAGUGUUGUCAGUGUAAUGAGCUUGGCAAAGUGCUUCAUGACCCCUCCACAUGUGCACUUUAUAGAACAAGUGAAACUACAGAAAACUCUAAUAACUACAGAUGCAGUCAUCACAGGGAUGACUCUAUUGACUCUUCAAACCCAGAUAGACAUGACAGCAUGCACACUGGAGAAGAACCUUGCAAAUCAAGAGACUGUGAGAGAUCUUUAUAUAUGUGUCCCAACAUUACUCAAGAUCGGAGAGUCCACAAUGCAAAGAAAGAGCACAGACUGGGAAAAUAUGAUGACUCUUUUGCAACUGCACAUAGUCUUUUGCAACAACCAGUCUGUAUUGGAGAAAAACCACACCAAUGUGACAAAUGUGGGAAAUACUUUAGUAGUGCCUCAAGUCUCACUGAACAUCAGAGAAUUCAUACUGGAGAGAAGCCUUACAAAUGUCAGGAAUGUGACAAAUCCUUCACUGUGAAGUCAACUCUUACAAAGCAUCAAAGAAUUCAUACUGGAGAGAAACCCUACAAGUGCAACGUUUGUGAAAAAUCCUUUACUCAGUACUCAAGUCUUAAAACUCAUCAAAGACUCCACACUGGAGAGAAGCCGUACAGAUGCAAUGACUGUGACAGAUCCUUUACCCACUAUUCAUCAUUUAGAAGACAUCAGAAAACUCAUUCUCUAGAGGAAUUGUACAAAUGUAAAGAGUGUGGUAAGUCCUUUCUUGAAUCCUCACAUCUUAAAAGGCAUUACAGAAUCCAUACUGGUGAGAAACCUUACAAAUGUGAGGUAUGUGACAAAUCUUUUAAUAUGUCCUCAAAUCUUAGAAAUCAUCAGAAAAUUCAUACUGGAGAGAAACUUUACAAAUGUAGGCAAUGUAGCAAAUCCUUUAGCCUGGAUUCAUAUCUUAGAAUACAUCAGAGAAUUCAUACUGGAGAGAGACCUUACAAAUGCAGAGAAUGUGGAAAAUCAUUUCUUCAGUUGUCAGCACUUAAACGCCAUCAGAAAAUGCAUACUGGAGAGAAACCUUACAAGUGUACAGAAUGCGGCAAAUCCUUUACCCAGGACUCACAUCUUAGAACACAUCAGAGAGUCCAUACUGAAGAGAGACCUUACAGAUGUAAGGAAUGUGGCAAAUCUUUUACUGAGUGCUCAACUCUUAGACAACAUCAGAAAAUUCAUACUGGAGAGAAACCUUACAAAUGUAUGGAAUGUGACAAAUCUUUUACCCGUAACUCACAUCUUAAAAAACAUCAGAAACUUCAUACUGGAGAAAUAUCAUACAAAUGCAAAGAAUGUGACAUGUCCUUUAUUCAGAUUUUGAAUCUCAGAAGACACCAAAAAAUUCACUCUGUUGAGAAAUACCAUUGCAAAUAAUGUGACAUAACAUUAUCUGGAAUUCACAACAAUAGAAACAAGGAUAAGAAACUUGUGAAUGCCUUAAAUCUUAACAAAUUUCACAGGAUUUAUAUGAAAAUAAAAUUCUGCAAAUUUAAGUCUGUGCGUUACCCACUACCAACUGCAAAGGAGGCUUUUUGCACCAAGGUUGAAAUAUUAAUUCCCUGUCGGGGUCCUGCACCUGCACCGUGGGAAUCGCAUGGUGCAGAGGACGCGGUGGGUUGUCGCAGGCCCGGAAAAACUCUCCUGAGCUGCAGUCGCCAAGCCGGGCGGCCGGGAAAGUCAGCAGUGCAGCUGCGGAAACCGCUGCCUGGCGGCCCUGGAGCCUCCCAGGGCGCACUGAUCACUCAGACCUGCUCACCUGUGGAGAAGAACAAAGAACCCUGGAAGAUGGAGCAGGAGGAGGCAGUAGUUAAGGAUACAGGUCAACAAGCCAUCUACUCAUUGUUCCUGAAAGAGAAACUCACAGAAGAUAAACUGAAAGAAAUGGCUGAUUCUGCAAUUAAUCUCUCCCAGGCAGUCCUGCCCAACAUCUUUGAGACUGUCAAAGAGGACCAGCUACUGUAUCAGGAGAGACACCCACCAGAUGAGCCAGAGAUACAACCUGUUGAUUGGGUUUGGGGCGAGAAAUAUAUGGCCCAGCAGCUAGGAGGAAAGUGUACUGGACUGUUCGAGGUGAUCUUGGCCACACCGACUGCUGUUAAAGUAGCUGACAAGCCUCACUGGAUUCAGCAGAAUCAUCUAGAGCUGUCAAAAUCUAAACAUGUGCCUAAGGAAUGGGUGCUAAGGCCACUGGGACCUACCAAGGGUCUGUUGACAUUCAAGGAUGUGACUGUGGACUUCUCCCAAGAGGAGUGGGAAUGUCUGAACUCUGCUCAGAGAACUUUGUACAUUGAUGUGAUGUUGGAGAAUUACAGCAACCUGCUCUCUGUGGAGAACUGUUGCAUAUGUAAUCCUGCCCAUCUACAUGUGAAUAAUGAAAAGGAGUCUUCUCAGUGUAAUGACCUUGGCAAAGUGCUUCAUGACCCCUCCACAUGUGCAUAUUAUAGAAUAAGUGAAACUACAGAAAACUCUAAUAACUAUAGAUGCAGUAAUCAUAGGGAUGACUCUGUUGACUCAUCAAACCCAGAUAGACAUGAAUGUGUGCACACUGGAGAAGAACCUUGCAAACCUAAGGACUGUGAGAAAUCUUUAAAUUUGUGUUCCAACAUUAAUAAAGAUCAGAGACUCUAUACUGCAAAGAACGAGAACAGGCAGGAAGAAUAUGAUGACCAUUUUAGCUCUACAUACAAUGGUUUACAACAAAAAUUCUGCAUUGGAGAGAAACCACACCAGUGUGGGAAAUGUGGGAAAUCCUUCAGUACUGCCUUAAGCCUCACUGUACAUCAGAGAAUUCAUACUGGAGAGAAGCCUUACAAAUGUCAGGAAUGUAACAAAUCCUUCACUGUGAAGUCAACUCUUACAAAGCAUCAGAGAAUUCAUACUGGAAAGAAACCCUACACGUGCAACGUUUGUGACAAAUCCUUUACCCAGUGCUCAAGUCUGAAAACUCAUCAAAGACUCCAUACUGGAGAGAAACCUUACAAAUGCAGAGAAUGUGGAAAGUCAUUUCAUCAGUCCUCAGCACUUAAAAGCCAUCAGAACAUGCAUACAGGAGAGAAGCCUUACAAAUGUAAGGAAUGUGACAGAUCCUUUGCCCACUAUUCUAACUUUAGGAGACAUCAGAAAAUCCAUACCACUGAGAAACAUUAUAGGUGUCAAGAAUGUGGCAGGGUCUUUCAUUGGCUUUCACACUUAAGGAGACAUUACAGACUCCAUACUGGAGAGAAGCCUUACAAAUGCAAUGAUUGCGACAGUUCCUUUACCCACUAUUCAUCAUUUAGAAGACAUCAGAAAACUCAUUCUUUAGAGGAAUUGUACGAAUGCAAAGAAUGUGGUAAGUCCUUUCUUGAUUUAUCACAUCUUAAAAGGCAUCACCGAAUCCAUACUGGUGAGAGGCCUUACAAAUGUGAGGUCUGUGACAAAUCCUUUACCUUGAACUCAACUCUUAGAAGACAUCAUAAAAUUCAUACUGGGGAGAAACCUUACAAAUGUGAGGUAUGUGACAAAUCCUUUAGUGUAAUAUCAAAUCUCAGAAAUCAUCAGAAAAUUCAUACCGGAGAGAAACUUUACAAAUGUAGGCAAUGUAGCAAAUCCUUUAGCCAGGACUCAUAUCUUAGAAUACAUCAGAGAAUUCAUACAGGAGAGAGACCUUACAGAUGCAGAGAAUGUGGAAAAUCAUUUCAUCAGUUGUCAGCACUUAAACGCCAUCAGAAAAUGCAUACUGGAGAGAAACCUUACAAGUGUACAGAAUGCGGCAAAUCCUUUACCCAGGACUCACAUCUUAGAACACAUCAGAGAGUCCAUACUGGAGAGAGACCUUACAGAUGUACAGAAUGUGACAAAUCUUUUACUGAGUGCUCAACUCUUAGGCAACAUCAGAAAAUUCAUACUGGAGAGAAACCUUACAAAUGUAUGGAAUGUGACAAAUCCUUUUCCCGUAACUCACAUCUUAGAAUACACCAGAAAAUUCAUACUUGGUAGAGACCUUACAAAUGCAAAGAAUGUGACAUGUCCUUUAUUCAAAUUUUGAGAUUUAGAAAACAGUAGAAAAUUCAAACUGGAGAGAAAAAUACCAUUGCAAAUAAUGUGACAUAGCCUUAUCUGAAUUCUCUGCUUAGAAAUCACACUAAUAGAAGCAUAAAGAUAUGAAACUUGUGAAUGUCUUUCAUCAAGGUCUAAAUGUUAACAAAUUUCACAGGGCUUAUAUGAAAAUAAAAUUCUACAGGGAAAGUUUUGUUGUUUUUUGUUUUUAUAUGGUUGCAUUGUAUAUAAGUAUUUCUGUGGACUACAUGUAUGCCUGGUGCUUGGAGAGUCCACAGGAGGUAAUCAGAUGCCUUAAGCCUGGAUUACCAGAAAAUUGUGACCUGUUAUAUGUGUCUAGAAUUGAACCCCAGUCUUCUGGAAGUGUAGUCAGUCCUCGUAACCACUAAGUCGUAUCUCUAGCCCCUCAGAAAAGCUGUGAUAAAAAUACUGGGUUCAACAUCUAAAAAUUCAUAAUAAUAGUGAUGUGAUGAUGCAAACCUUUCAUCCCAGCACUCACAAGGCAAAGACAGGAAGAUCUCUGAGUCAGAAGCCGUCCUAGUCUACAUAGUGAGUUCAUAGACAGCCAGGACUACAUAAACACUGUCUAAACAACAACAAAAUAUCAUAAUGAGGACAAAAUAUGGUAACAUUAAAAAAUGUGACAAAGCACUCUAAUUUUGUUGAGCACUGCAAAAUUCAUAAUCCUGAGAAACUAAAUAAAGGUAUACCAUAUAUA